CCGCCUCCCGGAGCCAUGGCCGCUCUCAGCCACCCCGCCGCCUUCGGCCGGGCCACCCACGCCGUGGUGCGGGCGCUGCCCGAGUCCCUCGGCCAGCACGCGCUGAGGCGCGCCAAGGGCGACGAGGUGGAUUUCACCCGCGCUGAGCGGCAGCACCAGCUCUACGUGGGCGUGCUGGGCAGUAAGCUGGGGUUGCAGGUGGUGAAGCUGCCGGCCGACGAGAGCCUCCCGGACUGCGUGUUCGUGGAGGACGUGGCCGUGGUGUGCGAGGAGACGGCGUUCAUCACACGGCCCGGAGCGCCGAGCCGGAGGAAGGAGGUUGACAUGAUGAAAGAAGCAUUAGAAAAACUUCAGCUCAAUAUAGUAGAGAUGAAAGAUGAAAAUGCAACCUUAGAUGGUGGAGAUGUCUUAUUCACAGGCAGAGAAUUUUUUGUGGGCCUUUCCAAAAGGACAAAUCAACGAGGUGCUGAAAUCUUGGCUGACACUUUUAAGGACUAUGCGGUCUCCACAGUCCCAGUGGCUGAUGCUUUGCAUUUGAAGAGUUUCUGCAGUAUGGCUGGGCCUAACCUUAUCGCAAUCGGAUCCAGUGAAUCUGCACAGAAAGCCCUCAAGAUCAUGCAACAGAUGAGUGACCACCGCUAUGACAAGCUCACAGUGCCUGAUGAUACGGCCGCAAACUGUAUAUAUCUAAAUAUCCCUAGCAAAGGCCACGUCUUGCUGCACCGAACACCAGAGGAGUAUCCAGAAAGUGCAAAGGUUUAUGAAAAGCUGAAGGACCAUAUGCUGAUCCCUGUGAGCAAUUCUGAAAUGGAAAAGGUGGAUGGGCUGCUCACAUGCUGCUCCAUACUGAUUAACAAGAAGGCAGACUCCUGAGUGGGAGGCCCUCCCUUGUAGCCGGCAAAGCUGCACUGGCCAGGCCGAAAACUGUACCCACUUCUGUUGUUGUCUCUGACAACCUGCUGUGCUGCUUUGCUACUAACUCUGGGUUAUAAAAGUUUCAUUCUGAGUUUAAUUGCUUCUUUCUGCACCACCCCCACCCCCCCCUCAAGGUGGUACCUAACCUGUGGAUUUGCUAAAUGAAUUCAGCAAUAUAGAAAAUAAUAGAGCUAAUGAAUUAUUGAAACAUGGUUAAUAA